GCCUUACUAUUUCGAAAUCAGUGACGCUUUUUGAGUAAAAACUUCAUUUAGAUGUGUCUUCGAAAAGCUUUAAUUAGAACAUUGGCGUUUAAGUUGGAAAAUUUUUAAGAGCUGAUAGUCAAAAUUUGAAUGUGAAAUUCGCCUAUUUAUAUUUAUAUUCUCUCUGUUUUUAAUAUGAAACAAGAAAGAUUUUUGAUUUCAUCACGACGACCAAGAUUUAGAGAAUUUCAAUUUGUAGUGGUGCUAUUAAUAAUGGCACACAAACUCGUUUACAAAGGAUACUGUUUUGCUCCCACUGCCCUUCCUUCGUCUCCAAGAACAACGAAAUACACGGAGAUACUACCGAAGAAAUUCAGUAGAAACACCAGCAAUGUUGACCAAAGAAAGCAGGAUUGUCGUUCACGGGAGUUUUUGAAAGUAUCUACAAGCACAACAACAGUGUUUCCGUCUAAAGAAACGCCGAACUCCUUAAAGAUUGGAAACCAAACAAAGACCAGGCCGGGGAACAACUUUGGCUGCUCAAAUGGUCAGCAAAAGGCUACCGGCUGUCCAAGAUUUGUUGAUACAUAUUCAUCAUUUUAUCUUAAGGUAGGAACGAAAACAUCGUUGUUGAAUUUAAUAAUUAUUCAGUCAAGACGUGCCAUCUUAAAAACAUAACGACAUUUCAGUUUUUUCAACUCUCUCCAAUCCAGUUUUUACAUGGAAAUGGCAAAUGAUUGGAGUAUAAAAUAAGUACAAUUAAUUGCCUAAAACAUGGCGACUGGUUAGAGAAAUGGUAAUAAAAUGAAGAUACAUAAUUUAUUCACUUUCGCAGAUUGUCGAUGAUAAAUCAGGAAGAAAAUUCAACCCUGAACAGUCAUUGAUUUUUUAAGGUUCCAAGAUCGCGUUUUACUUCAAAUUGAUUAUAUACUGGAUAAACAUAUACUACAAAUUUACUUCAAUGUAAACUACAACUCCAUGUGGGUUUAAGUUCUUUCAUUUCAAAUAUUUAUGGUAAAGGCAGUUCUUUUGCAUUUCCGAUCACAUGUUUAUGCUCAUUUACCAUUUACAAAUUUCUUAAAAGUACUAAACCGAGGGAGAAUGAAUAAACAAUACAAAAGAAAAUAAGGAAACACAGAAAUGACAUGUUGCUGUAUCUUUAUCAAAAAAUAGAGAAUAAUAAUAAAUUGUAAAAAUGCUUAUUUUUCGCUGUCGAAUGAAAAUUUUUAGUAUCAACCGUGAUGGAAGAUGAGUUUUUGGCGCUUUGUUUCUUAAUGUAAGGAGGGACGUUUUCAUGGUAGAGGACAUUGUUCAUUUAUCGCAUAUUAAAUUUAAUAAUUACUUUCCGUCACCUGUUUGUGAGACAGAUACAAACCCGGGAUUUCUUUACACUUUUAUUGAAACCUUAAGACGGUGACAAUUAUUUCGAUUGUUCGACAGAUUGGUGGUUGGUUAAUGCUGGGAAUCGUUUUGGCGGGAAUCGCAGCCUUAGUUGUUACACACUACCUGGGUAUGAGAAAUAUGCGUCGACCACGAAGAAGACAGCUUUCGCGCAUUCUUUGGGUGGAGGCUCUAACGAAGUCUAAACUGGCCAGAUUUGUCUGAGCUGACUGCGCCUGUUGUUUUUUAUUUAGUCUUUGUAAGUCAAGAAUUUUUAACAGGCAGUAAUAUGAGUGUGUCCUACCUUACAACCCUGCGGCAAGGCUGGCGUCCAACUUCAAUUCAGGGCCAUGUGAUGCAGGCAAAGUGUUUCUAGAGACCGCGAUGUCCAUUCCGACAAUAAUAAUAAUAAUAAUAAAUAGUAAUAAUAAUAUAGGAAUUCCUUAUUUACCCUGGGCAGUAUUUAUAGCACUUGUGCUAGUGGGGCGGAGCAAGGGACAAGAAUCCCAACUGGCCGGAGGCAAACCAGCUGGCU